GGAAGCUUGAAAGCUUUGAAAAGGGUUUUCUUUACAUAGUCUUUGUGCUUUAGUGGUGUGUUGGAAAUCAUGGAAAUUUCAACAAAUAAUAUCCCCGAUGGACAAGAUCACAGAGGAAGCUCCCCAGGAUCAUGCUUCCCGACGCCACCGAGCCACUUGAUGCCGUGGCAUCCACCGCCGAAUGGAAAUGCCGCCGGAAAUGGUGGUGGAAAUGGCACAGGGGCAAUUCACGACGGCAACGGAAAUACAGUAAUGCCGGGAAAUGGGAGGAAAAUUCAAAAUAUGAGUCUCGUGUGCGUCGUGUGUGGGGACACGAGCUCUGGCAAACACUACGGCAUCCUAGCCUGCAAUGGUUGUUCAGGAUUCUUCAAGCGCAGCGUCCGACGGAAACUAAUCUACAGAUGCCAAGCAGGGACAGGACGUUGUGUAGUGGACAAGGCUCACAGGAAUCAAUGUCAGGCGUGUCGGUUGAAAAAGUGCCUCCAAAUGGGCAUGAACAAGGAUGCUGUACAGAAUGAGCGACAACCACGGAAUACAGCCACAAUUCGUCCGGAAGCCCUUCGGGAUAUGGAGCAGGGACAUGCCCUCAGGGAGGCUGCUGUAGCUGUUGGGGUGUUCAGUCCGCCCGUUUCGCUGCUACCAUCCAAUCGCUACGGUCCAGGACUUCUAACUCCUCCAGCACUCAAUGCAAUGCCCGUGAGCACCUUGUUCCAGAAUCCAUCGACAUUCCCAUUGACGAAUAGUAUUGCUGCCCAUCACCAUGGAUCCCCUCUGGGGGCAUCUGGUGCAUCUCUCGGUGGUGGUGGCAUCAUGAGAACAGGUAGCAGCAACAGCAAUCACGAGAGUGUCUGCCCAAUGAAUGCCUCAACAACUUCCAGCAACAAUUCCCAGCCAGGAGCCUCACCGCCGCUGAGUAAUUCAACAAAAGAGAAUAACCGCGUGGAGAAUUGCGUGAAGGUACCUCCGGAAUCAGCAAAGAGUAUGUCUUCGGUGGGUUCUGUGAGUCCAAUUCCCUCCAACGACAACGAUGAGGACUCAAUCGAUGUAACCAACGACGAGGAAACCGACCGUUCACCCAAUGCACCUUCAAUGCACUGCUUGAUGCCACCGAAGUUCUAUGGCCAUCCACAGGAGACGAUUUUCGAGACAAGUGCUCGACUCCUCUUCAUGGCAGUUAAGUGGGCAAAGAAUCUCCCAAGUUUCGCAAGUCUCCCAUUUAGGGAUCAAGUAAUCUUGCUGGAAGAAUCCUGGGCUGAACUCUUCCUCCUCAACUCCAUUCAGUGGUGCAUGCCACUGGAUACAGCUAGCUGCUCUCUCUUCUCCUCCGCUGAGCACUGUGCCAAUCUCACAAAUCCCGGCGUCAUGAAGCAAACUCAAGUAGCACAGGAUGUCCGGACACUCCAUGACACUCUAUGCCGCUUCAAGUCUGUCCUUGUGGACCCAGCUGAAUUCGCCUGCCUCAAGGCGAUUGUUCUCUUCCGCUCUGAGACGCGCGGCUUGAAGGAUCCGGCUCAGAUUGAGAAUCUUCAGGAUCAGGCACAAGUUAUGCUGGCCCAGCACUGUCGUAGUCAAUUCCCCGGACAAAUUGCACGCUUCGGGCGGCUACUGCUGAUGCUGCCACUCUUGCGGACAAUUCAUUCGCACAAAAUCGAGUCACUCUACUUCCAGCGAACCAUUGGCAAUACGCCCAUGGAGAAGGUUCUCUGUGAUAUGUACAAGAAUUAGAAUAACACAUUAGUGCAGUAAAUCCAUGUAAUGUCUGGUCAGUAGAAAAUAAAAUUUGGUGAAAAU